CACUGAUUGGCAGCACUGAUAGGUGGCACUGAUUGGCAUUGAUAGGUGGCACUGACUGGCACUGAUGGGUGACACUGAAAGGCAGCUCAGAUGGGCACCAAUAUGUAGCAUUGAUGUGCACUGGUUGACACUGAUAUGUGGCAUUGAUGUGGCACUGAUGGGCACUGGCAGGUGGCAUGGAUGAGCACUGAGAUCUGGCACUGAUGGACACUGACAGGUGGCACUGCUGGGGCUACACUGAUCAUCAGGGCACACUGAUCAUCAGUGCCCUGAUGAUCAGUGCACAUGUCCCCUCCGAGGAAUCUGUCAGCAUGACAGCUCGUGAGGAUAGAAAUACCGAUAACUGGCAUUUCCCUGUUUACAUGCGACCAGCUGUGAUUGGA